UCAGCAAAAAAAUGCAAAUUCUUCGAAUGAAGCUAAAGGAAAAGAAGAAACUGACUGAAAUUGGCUGAAAGUGCACAAAUGAUAACAAUGAGAAAUAAGUUCCCAAAAAUUGUAUGACCUGUGUUAGAUUUGUCAUAAUGUGCUGAGCCUCAAAAACUGCUCAAGGACCUCUGCCAAGGUAAUUAUUGUAUGCUGACCGGUGCUCCACCUCGAGAUUGACAUCUGAAGUAUAGUACAAAGAAAGGAACAUAAAAUGUUUUAAGGCCAAGUCCAAAUCCAAAGAAGCAGCAACAUGGUAGCAACAUACGCAGUGAGCCAACAUCACCUGUUGAGAAACGUCUCAGAUGUUUACGCCAACAGUUAUGACACGGACUAUGAAGUUCCACCUGAGGAAAUGCCUGACUCCACGAAAGGCCGUGCUUUUUUCGUGGCUACCAUCGUCAUUGGGGUGGUGCUCAUUGCUAUCAUCCUAGUGUGCGGUGUGGGCAACUUCCUUUUCAUUGUCACCCUGGCCUGCUACAGGAAACUACAUAACCUCACUAACCUGCUAAUUGCCAACCUGGCCGUGUCAGAUUUCCUUGUGGCCGUUGUGUGUUGCCCGUUCCUGGUGGACUACUAUGUGGUAAAAAGGCUGUCAUGGGACCAUGGACUUGUUCUGUGUGCCUCCAUCAACUAUCUGAGGACAGUGUCUCUGCAUGUGUCCACCAAUGCCUUGCUGGCCAUCGCUGUAGACAGGUACAUGGCAAUAGUUCAUCCUCUGAGGCCACGCAUGAACUACCAGACAGCGCGCUGCCUGAUCGUAGGAGUGUGGAUUGUGCCUAUGCUCAUCUCCAUCCCCUCUGCCUACUUUGCCUCUGAGACCAUGUACUCCCAUGUUGCCAGCAAGACCAAAAUAUUUUGUGCUCAGAUCUACCCAGUGGACCACCGCAUGUUCUACCGUACAUAUUUCCUGUUCAUCCUUCUUGUAGAGUUUGUGGGCCCUGUAGUUGUCAUGGCAGCCUGCUACACUCAGAUUUCAAGGGAGCUGUGGCUCAAGGGCCUGCCGGGUUUCCAGACAGAACAGGUCCGCGGACGACUGCGCCGCCGAAGGAGAACGGUUGUGGUCCUCAUUGGGAUCCUGGCUGCCUAUGUCCUUUGCUGGGCCCCAUACUACGGCUUCGCUCUUGUGCGUGACUUCCAUCCCACCCUCAUCUCACGAAGUAGGAACUUCCUGGUAGUCUUUUACGUGGUAGAAUGUAUUGCUAUGGGCAAUGGCAUCAUCAACACAUUCUGCUUUGUCAGCGUCAAGAAUAGCACAGCGAAGCACCUGAAGAAGGUUGCCCUGCUUCACUUCAGAUCUGCUUAUGGCCUGAGCAGGAACAAAAGUGAGAUGGAAGUGCGGACUUCCUCCCUGCAGGUGACAGAGGAGCCUGACUGCUUACGGCUCAAGGAGAGAAAACACACCGUAGGGUUGACAGCAAAAUACUGAAUUGCUGAGAAUGGCCUUGGGUCAA